GAGGCGGAGGGCAGCGAUGGUGCGCAUCACGGAAGAUCUUGUUAGAAGACGUGCAGAACAUAAUGACUGUGAAAUUUUUUCACUGGAAGAAAUCUCUUUACAUCAGCAAAAAAUGCUGGAGUAUCUUGACAAAUGGUGUCGAGAUUUAAAAAUUCUCUAUCUUCAGAAUAAUCUAAUUCCAAAAAUUGAAAACGUGAGCAAACUAAAGAAGCUGGAAUAUUUAAAUGUAGCUUUGAACAACAUCGAACGAAUUGAAAAUCUGGAAGGCUGUGAAGAACUACAGAAACUUGACCUGACAGCAAAUUUCAUUGGUGAACUCUCCAGUGUUGAAACCCUAAAAUAUAAUAUACAUCUAAAGGAACUAUUUCUAGUGGGUAACCCAUGUACUCAAUUUGAAGGUUAUAGGCAAUUUGUGGUAGCAACUCUUCAUCAAUUAAAAUGUUUGGAUAGUAAAGAAAUAGAACGUUCAGAGAGAAUUCAGGCACUUCAAAACUAUCCAGAAGUGAAACAGAAAAUCAGAGAACAGGAACAAGCUUACCUUCUCAAAAGGGCCAGAGAAAAAGAAGAGGCUCAAAGAAGAAUGCAAGAAAGACACGACAAGAAGCAAAAACAAAUGGAAUCUAAGCUUGGAUUUGAGAGCCCAGACUCCCUACAGAACAAAGAAAAUGAUGGAGACAGAAAGCAAGAAACUGUUGAAGAUAGUGAAGAAGACAGAAGAUUUUGGGAGGAGCCUACACCGUACACUCCAGAAACUAGAUUAGAAGCUCACAGAUACAUUGAAGAAAAACGGAGAGCUAAAGAAAAUAGAAGGGAAUCAAAAAAGAGAGAGAAGCCCCUUCGGACUCUGGUCACUGCAGAAGGGAAAGUUCUCAAUGUGAAUGUGCCCAAGCUUCAUUUCUCUUUGAAAGAUGAUGAAGAAAACAACCAGAUUAUCUUGGAUCUUGCUGUUUAUAGACAUUUGGACACUUCUCUGCUUGAUGUUGAUGUCCAGCCAAUGUACAUACGAGUAUUGGUGAAGGGAAAGCCUUUUCAGCUUGUGCUCCCUGAGGAAGUGAAGCCAGACAGCAGCUCUGCUAAAAGAUCACAAACAACUGGGCAUUUAGUUGUCACCAUGCCAAAGGCUAAAGAAAUAAUCCUGGCUAAGCAAAAAGUAUCAGCUUCAAUUAAAGAUUCUGACUGCAACACAUUGCAAAAAAAUAUAAGAAGUGUACAAGUUGAGAAACUGGAAGUGGAUCCCAGUAAAUAUUCAUUCCCUGACGUGACAAAGAUAGUCCAAGAAAAGGAACGAAUUGGACAGGGCCCUAUUAGGCUACAACCAAAGAUUACAGAGGCUACAAAGAGUUAUGUUGAUUUUGAAAAUAAUGAAGAUGUUCCUCCCUUAAUUUGAAGCAUUCUUAAGUAGUCCCUCUAUAUGUGGCUUUUAUGCUUCAGUUGUUUUCAUGACCUUCUGUGUAAAGUAAGUGUAAUAUAGCUGAAGUUGGAAAUAUUAUUACAGUUCUUACCAUAAACUUUGAUAUGUCACUG